AUGUCCUCUCAACCUACUCAUGACGAUAGAGUCGACCAACCAGAUGAUGACGAGCCAGAUGAAUGGGAUAAGCGGAUCAUUAAGACGGGAUGUCACGAUGAAAACUUAAAGUUACAAUUAUGCCAUGCUGAUACUGGGGAUUGGAGACAAUGUACCAAAGAGAUGGAAGCAUUCAGGAAAUGUUGGAGUGAUCAUAAUAAUAAUCAAAGAGUGAGGACAGUCGAUAAUGAUAUUGAUUAA